CGCAUGCGCGGGCCGGCGGCGCUGGGGUUCCUUGUCUGCGCCCCCCUUCCCGGCGCCCGCGCAGGCGCAGAGCGGUAACGGAGGGGGCGGUCGGGCGCGUUCCGUUGGCAGCAGCCGGUUCCUGUCAGCGGCGGCGGCGGGUGGCGGCGGUGCCCGGUCCCCGACGGCGAGCGGAGUCCCCCCCCGCCCGGCCUGGCCCGACCCAGCCCGAUUGGCGGCCCCGACGUGCGGAGCGCCGCGCUCUCGCCUGCCGGUGUCUCCCCUCCCCACCCCGGGGCGGCGGAGGCAGCAGCGCCCCCCUCCCGGCCCGGCCCCCCCCUCCUCCCGCCGCCCCCCUCGCCCCUGCCGGGCCGCGGAGCUGCGAUGCCCUCGGACUUCAUCUCUCUGCUCAGCGCCGACCUCGACCUCGAGUCCCCCAAGUCCCUCUACUCCAAGGAAUCUGUCUAUGACCUUCUCCCAAAGGAGCUGCAGCUACCACCUUCCAGAGAAACAUCUGUAGCAUCCAUGAGCCAAACAAGCGGUGGCGAGGCAGGUUCGCCGCCUCCAGCUGUAGUCGCUGCUGAUGCUUCUUCAGCUCCUUCCUCUUCCUCCAUGGGCGGUGCUUGCAGCUCCUUUACCACCUCUUCCAGUCCUACCAUUUACUCUACCUCAGUCACCGACAGCAAGGCUAUGCAAGUGGAGAGCUGCUCCUCAGCCGUGGGGGUAAGUAACAGAGGGGUAAGUGAAAAGCAGUUAACCAGUAACGCAGUCCAGCAGCAGCAGUCAACGCCGAAGAGACACACAGUCCUGUACAUCUCGCCACCACCUGAGGACUUGCUGGACAACAGUCGGAUGUCCUGCCAGGAUGAGGGCUGUGGAUUGGAGUCAGAACAGAGCUGCAGUAUGUGGAUGGAGGAUUCACCCUCCAACUUCAGUAACAUGAGUACCAGUUCCUACAAUGAUAACACUGAGGUGCCACGUAAAUCACGCAAACGAAAUCCAAAGCAGAGGCCAGGGAUCAAACGUCGAGAUUGUGAAGAGUCCAACAUGGAUAUAUUUGAUGCCGACAGUGCCAAAGCUCCUCACUAUGUCCUUUCUCAGCUCAGCACGGACAGCAAAGGCAACUCAAAAGCAGGAAAUGGAGCAUCAGAGAACCAGAAAGGAGCUGGCGGGAAGAAGACCCCAAUGUUGUGUGGUCAGUAUCCGACUAAGAGUGAGGGGAAGGAGCUGAAGAUAGUGGUACAGCCGGAAACCCAGCACAGGGCUCGUUAUCUGACUGAAGGCAGCCGAGGCUCAGUCAAAGACCGGACACAGCAAGGCUUUCCAACUGUAAAGCUGGAAGGUCACAACGAGCCAGUGAUGCUGCAGGUAUUCGUGGGCAACGACUCCGGGCGAGUGAAGCCCCACGGGUUCUACCAGGCCUGCAGAGUUACUGGGAGAAACACUACUCCCUGUAAAGAAGUGGACAUAGAGGGAACUACUGUUAUUGAGGUCGGACUGGACCCAAGCAACAAUAUGACACUUGCGGUUGAUUGCGUGGGAAUACUGAAGCUGAGAAACGCUGAUGUUGAAGCUAGGAUAGGGAUUGCUGGUUCCAAGAAAAAAAGCACACGUGCUAGGCUGGUAUUUCGUGUUAACAUCACUCGCAAAGAUGGUUCAACUUUGACUCUUCAGACACCUUCUUCCCCAAUUUUGUGCACUCAACCAGCAGGAGUUCCGGAGAUCCUAAAGAAAAGUCUGCACAGUUGUUCGGUGAAGGGCGAAGAGGAGGUUUUUCUGAUUGGCAAGAACUUUCUAAAGGGAACAAAAGUGAUUUUCCAAGAGAACGUUUCUGAUGAGAAUUCUUGGAAGGCAGAAGCCGAAAUAGACAUGGAAUUAUUUCAUCAGAAUCACCUUAUUGUGAAGGUGCCACCAUAUCAUGACCAGCAAAUAACCUCAGCUGUUUCUGUGGGAAUAUAUGUGGUGACCAAUGCUGGAAGAUCGCACGAUGUGCAACCAUUUACGUACACUCCAGAUACAUCUGGUACUCUGAAUGUUAAAGUGAAGAAGGAAAUCUCCAGCCCAGCCCAACAUUGUUCUUUUGAAGAGGCUAUAAAAGCAGUGAAGGCCACUGGUUGUAACCUGGAGAAGGUAAACAUUCUUCCUAGUGCCUUGAUAACUCCACUCAUGCCAAGCAGUAUGAUUAAGAAUGAAGAUGUGGCUCCAAUGGAAGUAAGUGCAGAGAAGAGAUCUCCCCCUGUCUUCAAGGCUUCAAGUGUGGUUGGACCAACUCAACAAACAUUGGACAACAGUAUGUCCAGCAUAUCAACUUCUGCUUCCCAUUUACCUUCUGAAAAUGAAAACCAGCAACAAAUACAGCCGAAGGUGUUUAAUCCAGAGUCACUAACUACUAUCCAAACACAGGACAUUUCCCAGCCUGGUAGCUUUUCAGCGGUCUCUACUCCGGGUCAGCUGCAGAACAGUGAUGCAUUACUGCAGCAAGCUGCACAGUUCCAAACAAGAGAUUCCCAAACCAGGGAGGUCUUGCAAUCGGAUGGCACAGUAGUCACUUUGUCACAAUUAACUGACGCAUCACAACAACAACAGUCUACGCUCUCAGAACCAGCACAGGCAUUGCAGCAACAGAUUUCAUCAAGUAUUUUCUCAUCAGCAAGCGGCGUGAGUCAGUUACAGAACACUAUACAGCAACUGCAAGCUGGAAAUUUUCCGACUAACACUGCCACGGGCAGCAAUAGAAACGUUGACUUGGUGCAGCAGGUAUUGGAAGCUCAGCAGCAGUUAUCUUCUGUUUUAUUUUCUGGUUCAGACAGCAGUGAGGAUGUUCAAGAUCAGCUAAACGCAGAUAUCUUUCAGCAAGUUAGCCAGAUACAAAAUAGUGUCAGUUCUGGGAUAUUUUCCUCAUCAGACACGGCUGUCCAUUCCAGACCAGAGAACCUUUUGCCUGGACGAGCUGAAAAUGUUCACUCACAGCCUGAAAACGCAUUGUCCAAUCAACAGCAACAACAGCAGCAGCAGCAGCAGCAGGCGAUGGAGACUUCUGCAGCAAUGGUGAUAGGAAUCCAACAAAACAUUUGCCAAGCUGCAACACAGAUGCAGUCCGAUUUGUUCUCUUCAACAACUUCAGGGAACGGAGCCCUCCAGCAGUCACCUGUUUACCAGCAGGCUUCUCACAUAAUGAGUGGGUUAUCAACAAGCGAAGACAUGCAAAUGCAGUGUGAAUUAUUCUCUUCAUCUCCUGGUGUUUCUGGAAGUGAGACCACUCCUACUGCUCAGCAGCAGGUCUCCAACAACGGACCGACUAUGUUUCAGGCAUCAAAUUCUGCAGAUGGAGAAGAAGCUUCAGGUCAGGGUAAACAGAUGCAAAGUACCGUAUUUCAGACCAUGGUUCAAAUGCAGCACAGUGGAGAAAGUCAAUCUCAAGUUAAUCUCUUUUCAUCUACCAAAAACAUGAUGACUGUUCAAGCAAGUGGAACUCAACAACAAGGAGGUGGUCUGUUCCAGCAAGGCGGAGAAAUCAUGUCUAUUCAGUCGGGAAGCUUCAUGCAGCAGUCUCCACAUUCACAAGCUCAGCUUUUUCACUCGCAGAAUCCUAUUGGUGAUGCUCAAAAUAUAUCACAGGAAGCACAAGGCUCCAUCUUUCGCAGUCCGAAUUCCAUUGUCCACAACCAGACCAGUACUAAUUCCUCAGAUCAAUUGCAGCCUCCAAUGUUCCACUCGCAGAACACCAUGAGUGUAUUACAGAGCUCUUCAGUUCCUCAAGACCAGCAGUCUGCUAACAUGUUCCUUUCCCAGAGUUCAAUGAACAACCCUGCAACUCAGGAGGAACAGAUGUCGUUCUUUACAAGCGCAAAUUCCAUUUCUCCUCUUCAGACAGCAGCAAACACUGAACAGCAGACUUCUUUCCCACAGCAGACGCAGAUAUCUCACAUCCAGAGUUCUAUGCUUCCCCAAGAACAGCCCCAGACUCAGCCUGCUCAGCAAGGUUUGUUUCAGUCUCAAGUGUCAUUAGGCUCCAUCCAGUCCAGUUCAAUUCCCCAGAACCAACAAGGAGCCAUCUUCCAGCCUCAGCAUUCGAUAGUUGCUAUGCAGAGCAGCCCUCCGUCUCAAGAACAGCAGCAGCAGCAACAGCAGAACAUGAUGUUCAGUAAUCAAAACACAAUGAGUACAAUUGCGUCUCAAAAGCAGAACAUGAUUUUCAAUCCAAAUCAAAACCCAGUUACCAAUCAGGAGCAACAAGGCCAGUCCAUUUUUCAUCCCCAGACUAACAUGGCAUCAAUGAACCAGGAGCAGCAGCCCAUGCAAUUCCAGAGUCAGACUACAGUGUCUUCUCUUCAGAAUCCUGGAUCCAACCAGGCUGAAGCACAGCAGCCAGCCAUCUUCCAUAACUCACCCCAGAUUCAGUUGGUCCAAGGGUCACCAAGUUCUCAAGAGCAACAAGUCACCCUCUUCAUCUCUUCAGCUUCCAUGUCUGCCUUGCAGAAUACGAUGAGCCAGCAAGAGCUGCAGCAGUCUCCGCUGUACUCUUCUCAAAACAGCAUGGCGGGAAUGCAAGGAACUGCUUCUCCUCCACAGCAACAGGCUUCUUUAUUUCACAACACGGCAGGAGGUGCUAUCAACCAGCUGCAGAAUUCUCCUGCCUCAUCUCAGCAAACAUCAGGAAUAUUCCUGUUCGGCAUUCAAAACAACUGUGGGCAGCUGCUAACUUCUGGACCAGCUACGUUGCCGGAUGAGUUGAUGGCUAUAAGUCAGCCAGGUCAGCCACAGAGUGAGGGACAAGCGGCAGUGCCAACGCUUCUCUCCCAGCAGAUAUCUGAGACUCCUCCGCUACCGUCAGCUAUGGCAACCAAUCAGAAUAUUGAGAAAAUAGAUGAUCUGCUUGUGUCGUUACAAAACCAGGGGAACAAUAUGGCUGGCUCGUUUUAAUUAGUCAAAAAUUCUGUGAAGAAAAAAAGUGACGAUUUCCCAGAUCCUCGCAGACCUUCCGACCCUGGAUUAGGCUGUGCGGAACUGAUUGCUUCUGUCAAAAAGUGGCCCUCCUCUCUAAAGAGCACACCCGUGGGCAAUCGCAGUGUCUAGCACCUAAAGCUGUGGCCAUAGUGUUUGGGAUUUGUAGUGCCAAUAAUGCUGAAGAGCUAUGCUUUGUUUUACUAGGGCAUGGGACUGUACUGUUACUAGAUUCCUAACCCUCGUUGACAGUGGGGUGCUCUUUCAAUUUAAAGCAUAUCUGGUCAGUUAUUAUUGUUGUUAGAAGGUAAUACCCGUUACCACGUUUACUCUUUUUUCCUCCUCUUCCUUCUUCACAUCCCCUGUUUUGACUAGCAGAGCUUGUGAAGCAGAAACAUCAAAUGCCUGUGACAUGAGCUCGUAGCUGUCAGCAAGUGAAGGGAUCGCAGGUUUCGCAGUUGAGUGGGAGAGCUCAUGCUGCGAUUUGUUAAUUGCAGUAGGUGGCAAUGAAAAAUAUUGGUAACUGUAAUAAACAAGCGGAGAAUUGCUUGCUGCUGUAGAUAGCCAGAGGUGGGUGCUUCCCAGCGGAGAAUGUGAUUAACGGUUUUCCGUGUCUCUUACGUGUAACUGUACAUAGAGCAAGGGUUUGGUGGCUCUAACAAAAUGAAGAAACGAAGGGGAACUUUCAGUUAAAUUGUGCUCUUCAAAUCUUAUCCUCUAAAAUACCUUCAGCGUGAAAGGAACAUUCUGCCUGGCCGAGGAAAGAGCUGCUCUGUGUCUCUCACUCUGCCUGUGUGGGUUAGAGCUCUGUAAAGCUGCGUGAGCCACUCGCGACCCAGCCUUCUCCCUGUCCUUCUGUUCAUGGUUUUCCUUCCCUCUCAUCAGUUUCACGUUGCGUUUUUUAAAAAGACAUAGUAUCCUACUGGCUUUAAAGAUCAGAAGCGGCUUUUAGGAAUCCAUGGCAUUAAAUUGCUUAGUCAGGAGAAGCUUUGACAAAUAAUCAAGGAUUAAGCAGAAAGAGGAAGCAAUUUCUCCACCACCUUCUCAAUGCGGGAAUCCCCCUUAACCAGUCAUUUUCCAGCUGUUACUGAUGUAAAUCUUCAGCUUGACUUUACUCCAAGGAGGGGGCAAGUUACAGCAUUUCUAAGCGUUCUCGAAAAUUUCACUUCAUCCUGAGCUGUUGCGUCUUUGUAGCAUAUUAAGCUCAUUGCAGUUUUGAAGUGAUUUUUUUUUUAAAUACCUACAGUCCCCAAAUCUGGUUUCUAGAUUGUCAUGUCUCAAUGAAAAAAAAAAAAAAAAGAAAAAAAAUUGACUGAUGUUACAGAAUGUAAAAACAACCCACUCCAGCCCAUGCAGUUGUAUUGUGAGGCAUGUGAAUUUUUGGGUGCUCCAACUAUCCGGACAGUUUGGUGAUAUCUCACUCCAGCCUCAUCCCGCUGGGUGUUUCUUCUCCUGCAGGUGGAAGGCUGUUGCUGCAGUUAGAGCCAAACAGCUGUCACGUAUGGCUAUUAUGCCUCGGUAGCGUGUAGUUGGUAUCAUGUCAUUUUUUUCAUUUUUGUUAUUUUAAAUAACAAAGAAUAGUCUGUAAAUGGUUUUUCAGUUACUCUAGUCUGUUUACUGUGUGUUUUUUCCCUUAACUUGUGUGCGUAGUUGAGCCGUGUAGAGUUUUUGUUUGUUUUAAUGGUUUUUUCCUGUUUGUCAGUCUGUCAUAACGUUCACUUCUCUUUCUGUCUCUCUCUUUCUCUCUCUCAUUGAGAGGCAUUGAAUUACGUUUUCAGUAGUAAGGCUUCUUGCCGAUAUGAAGGGAACUUUUCAGAAAGAGACCUGCUCUGGGUCAUUUAAUUUUGAAUACAGUUUUCAAUCGUUCAAGUUUUGGAUGGUUUAUAUCUAAUGUGUGUUUCAUUUUUUUGGAAAGCUAUAUUUUGUAUUUAGGAAAUGGUAUACUAUUUUGCUAUUUGUACUGAGUGAGUACAUUGGCAUAAAUAUAAAAAUUUAUAUAUAUACAUAUAUAUAAAAUAUUCUUUUUGCCACACAUUUUUGUGGUAAAUUUGUGAGUUUGUCUGAUGUUCUACCACAACGUGGCGUCUGAUAACAGUGGGGUGGGGUGGGGUUUGUUAUGUCUUUAUUGAGUAUUUAAGUACUUUUUGCAACAUAAACGACUUGUUCAUCUCUCGCCAUUCCAUCAGGCAAUCGAUUGUUCCGGCUGGCUAUGAGAAGCUUCACUGUGUGUUUUGAUGUGUCUGUCACUCAGCAAUACGACCUAGCGAGGAAACCCGUAGGCAUUUAGGCGUAUAGAUAUAACGGGGUUUCAUUCAGAAUGAGCCAUUCAGCUUUUAUCCACUAUCAUUGUCUAUUUAAUAUUUUAUUAUUAGCGCCUCUGUGUUUUAACUCUUAAUUUAUGAUUACGCUAAAAUGUUUAAAAUUUUAAUCAUGAUAAAAAGAAUUCCCUGCUUCAUAAUGUCCAGAGCUGCUUUAUAACCCUCAACCGUUCUUUUUCUUUCCGUGAUUUUUUUUUUUUCCUGCUAAGACAAAAUAUUAACAAAAUCCUGUAAUGGUUCAUGACAUGAAAACAGCGAUCUUGCAGCAUUGACUAAAUGCUACAUGAGGCUAUGUAGAAGAGUGCGAAUUACGGACCGAAACAACUUCCAGAUGGUGGUGGAAGUCGAUAGCCAGUGAUUCACAAAUGAACUGGUGGCUUUUGCAGGAUGGCAGUCCCAGGACAAGCUGUCGGGUGUCACCUGGGGCCUUCAUACACAGAAGUAAUAGGAAUGAUGCGUUCACUUGUGUGCUGCUUCAGUUUGUUCCCGUGUUCCCAAGGGGUGUAUCCUUACGUUGAAGUGCUGUUGUUCAGUGCCAAGUCACCAGGGACCAAUUCUCCAUUUAACAAGAUGAGUGUCCAAAACCAGAGAACUUCAUACCGAGACUGCUACAGCUCCAGGGCAAGGGUAUGUUCGAAUUGUGUGCGUAUUUUCGGUCGCUUGUGAAGAGAAGAGAAAAAAAACAACAACAAUUGUAAAAAAAUAAAUUAAAAAAAAAAAAGGGCUGUGCUAUCACAUUUUUCACUUCGGGAUAACACCUUUUCCUGUGUUAAAUUUCUCUUGUUCAUUUUAGGUCAAUGUUUAAAUGUGUACAACACUUUGAACAUGUAAUUUGGUUACAAAAAGUAUUUGUCUUCUGAAGGAAGAGGUCGCUCAGCGGUUGAUCAGUGCUUGAACUGCUGCUUGCAAACAGCUGUUACGGAGGAUAAAGAGGGGUUUGAGAAGCCAAUAAAGAGCUUAAAGCCAGGCUGCGGGAUUCCAUGGCAGAAAGACCCGAGAACAGCGUGAGCCACACUUGUGUUUCAUCAGAGUCCUGAACAUUUGCGAUCUAAACAGUUGAUAUUGAUAAUUGGAGCUUACUCUGCUUUUUUUUUUCCUUUUUUUCGCCCCCAUCCCUGUGUUUGCUCCUCGGCACGCUCACACCGGUGCCUGUGAGUGGGCGGAGAGCUUUCCUGCGGAGGUGAGGUGGGGGUAUCGGCUCUAAGUCCAUUUUGGUUGAGAAAGUUAGAAGAUACUGAGACAUAAGUCUGUAUAAAUUUGAAGUUCCUGACAUUAUCAUAAAGGGGAAGUUAAUAUCGUAUCCACGAAGCAGCAAUUAAGUUUCGAAGACAUUGCUAGGUGACAAAGGAACAACUGCAGAGCUGCGUUGCUGGGAUGGAUUUUCCGUCUCUUUUCUGCUGCUUGAGCUCGCUUUAAAGAACUGUUAAGUGCGAGCCUGUGUAGGUGCGGGCUGUGCUCUCCGGCUGCGUGGGCCUCUGCGGCACCGUGCUCCGCGCUCUGCACGGCGUCCCUGGGACGUGGUGGUUACAGACAGCGACUUCUUGGCACAGGUUAAAACCCCGGCAGAGGGACCUGCUGGCCACCGGUGGGGCCGUCUGCGCACGCUCUCUGGUCCGUGUGUACGCUCUCUGUGUGUGUGUGU